CCUCCACACCUCACCUCCCCCGCAUCACCCAUCACAAUGUCCCGCAAACUCGACCCCUCAAUCUACACGACUAAGUCUGCCUUCCUCUCGAACCAAGUGCGCAUCCUUAGCAUAGUACCCACGCCACCGCAGCACUGGCGCGAGAACCUGUCCGCAGCGGACGACGAGCACGGCGACAUUAGCGACGCGGUGGUCAAGAAUGUUCUGUACAAGCUAUCGAUCGUCGCGCGGAAACACCACAACCUGGUGUAUUCCGCGCAGACCCUGCGGCAUAUCGCGGAGCAGGUUGAUGCGCUUUACUGGAGUGCUACCGAGGGCGCUGAGGGGGAGGUGGGCGCCGAGGUCGCUGUGCUGAAGGCUGGCGUCGACCUGAGGCUGAGCGAGAAUAUCGAUGCUCUCCCAGAGAGCUAUCCGCACGAGGACGGGGAGUCGGAAGAGGACCUGGAGAAGUACCAGGUCCUCCGGGCUCGUCUGAUGGACGCCAGCGGCGUGCUGGAAGUGCAGAGACAGAAGAGGGACCACUACAAGCGGCUGAGAGAUAUGAUGAGGCCGUUUGAGAAUCCGGUUGAGAACGUCCAGCCGAAUCUGGUUACCAGGGAUGGCGAGCUGAAUGCAGAACUGGAGAGAACGAGGAUGUUGGCAACGGUGUUAGCCAUACAGCUCGAGAGGGCGGGGAUUAGGCUACCGCCGACGGAGGGGCAGGAUGAUGAAGCGAUGGACGAUGGCGGGGAGGACGAUGACGAAGAAGAAGAAGAGGAGGAGGAGGAGGAGGAAGAGGAAAGGAAGAGGGAGGAGCGGUUCAAAGUGAUAAUGGGAAGGAAGUAGUGAUGCUUCAUAUUCUGUAUUCUAUACUGCGGCGUUUCGGAGUUUCAGUCAUUUUUUCUUUGGAUACUACACCUCAUGAAUGGUAAAAUUCCUGGGACACAGCCGGUGACGUUUGAGUUUAAUCGUUCUAUUCGUCUGCCGCUCAACGGAUUGCGAC